AUGAGGAUCUUAGCAUGGAACUGCCGCGGGCUUGGGAACCCGGAGGCAGUGGGGGCUUUGCGCAAGCUCAUCCAUUCUGAAGUUCCUGAUGUGGUUUUUCUUUCAGAGACUAGACGGUAUACUACUGAAAUGCUUCGUCACCGCGGUAUGGGUGGCUUACAAAAUAUUUUUCCUGUCCAGUGUGAGGGUCAUGGAAAGACGAGAGCGGGUGGUCCUUGCCUAAUGUGGGGCUCAGAGGUUGAGGUAAUUAUUGUUAAUGCUUCUUUAAAUCAUAUUCCUUUUAUGCUAACACACCAGGACAACCCGGGUGUUUCUAUGCAGGUCCUUGCCAUUUAUGGCUUUCCUGAUUUGCAGAAUAAAUUUCGCACGUGGGAAUUGGUUCGACGGUUCAAGCCUACAGGCUCAGUGCCUUGGCUUUGCAUUGGUGAUUUUAAUGAUAUUAUUUCCCCGUCUGAUAAGCUUGGGGGUGAUCCGCCUGACUUAGGUCAGUUGCAAGUGGCAACCCAAGCUUGUGCAGAUUGUGGGAUCCACUUGGUGGAAUCUUCCGGUUACUCUUUCACUUGGUCUAAUAAGAGGGCCCACCCGGCGACGGUGGAAGAACGGUUAGACUAUGCUCUGAUCAAUCAAACGUGGGAAGAUAUGUGGCCGGUCUCAAAGGUAUCACACUUAGUGAGGUACCAAUCUGAUCACAACCCCAUUGUUUUCCAUUGUGGUUAUCGCAGGUCUGAGUUUACCAGGAAUCGUGUUAAAAUGUUUCGUUUUGAGGAAAUUUGGUUAGAAAGUGGAGAGGAGUGCACUGAAAUUGUAACAGAAUGCUGGAAUGAUCAAGAUGUUCCUUUCCUAGAGAAGGUGGGAAAGUUGGGCCAGAAUUUGGAGGCAUGGGGUAAAGCCAAGUAUGGUGAUAUUCCGAAAAGAAUUGCUGAAACAAAAAAGCAACUUCAGAGGCUUCAGAGAGAGGUGCAAACAAUACAGGUGGUCUCAGCGUCCAAAGAGUCCGAAAAAGAAUUAGAGGAGCUUCUGAAAAUUGAGGAGAUAGUCUGGGCACAACGUUCUAGAGCUACUUGGCUGAAGAGUGGUGAUAAAAAUACGAGGUUCUUCCACACAAAGGCAACCCAGAGGCGGAAGAGAAACUUGAUUGAGGACAUUGAGGAUGCUAAUGGAGUUAAAUUCCAGCGAGAUGUGGACAUAGCAAGAGUUCUGAAAAACUAUUUUGAGGAUAUUUUUAGCUCUUCUAACCCUUCAGGGGAGGAAGAGCUGGCAUCCCUGGUGGCUGACCGUGUUACCGAGGCUCAUAGAUCUAUCUUGUCGGUCCCCUUUACCAGAGACGAGGUGGAAGAGGCACUCUUUCAAAUGCACCCUACCAAAGCUCCGGGUGUGGAUGGCUUUCCAGCGCUUUUCUACCAAAAAUUCUGGCCUAUUGUGGGUGAUGAUGUCUCAACCUUUUGCUUGCAAGUGCUGAAUGGUGACUCAUUGCCAGGUAUGGUCAACCAAACUUUGCUUGUUCUUAUCCCUAAGGUUAAGAAAGCUGUGUUAGCAAAUCAAUUUAGACCUAUUAGCUUAUGCAAUGUGGUGUUUAAAAUUAUAACUAAAACAAUUGCUAAUAGGAUGAAACUGUUUCUGUCUGAUUUAAUUAGUGAGGCCCAAAGUGCUUUCGUACCGGGUCGCCUGAUAACAGAUAACGCCUUAAUUGCAUAUGAGUGCUUUCACUAUAUGAAAAAAAAGAUUUCGGGUAAAAAUGGUAUGAUGGCACUUAAACUUGACAUGUCAAAGGCUUAUGAUAGAGUCGAAUGGUCUUUUUUGAAACAGGUUCUCUUGAAAAUGGGCUUCCCAAUUAAUUGGGUAAAUUUAAUUAUGAGCUGUGUUAAUUCUGUUACUUUUUCUAUUAUGGUGAAUGGAAAUCCUCAACCGACUUUCGCACCCCAUCGGGGUUUGCGACAAGGAGACCCUCUGUCUCCUUACUUGUUCAUCCUUUGUGGUGAAGUUUUCUCAGCUUUGAUUCAGAAAUCAAUCCUUACUUCUUCCUUACAUGGAAUUAAAAUUAGUCGUUCUGCACCAGUGAUCUCACAUCUUUUAUUUGCAGAUGACAGUAUUCUAUUUGCCAAAGCCUCGGUCCAGGAAGCAGAAUGUGUCUUGAACAUUCUGGCGACCUAUGAACGGGCUUCUGGACAGAAAAUCAACUUAGACAAGUCAAUGCUCUCAGUUAGCCGCAAUGUGCCAGAGAAUAGUUUUCAUGAGCUGAAACAGCUUUUGGGUGUAAAGGCAGUGGAGAGCUAUGACAAGUACUUAGGUCUUCCAACUAUUAUUGGAAAAUCUAAGUCGCAGAUUUUCAGGUUUGUGAAGGAAAGAGUUUGGAAAAAAUUAAAAGGCUGGAAAGAGGGUACUUUAUCUCGUGCUGGGAGAGAAGUAUUGAUUAAGGCGGUGGCUCAAGCAAUCCCCUCUUAUGUAAUGUCAUGUUUUAUUUUACCAGACGGCCUUUGUAAGGAGAUUGAGGGGAUGAUUUCCAGGUUCUAUUGGGGUGGUGAUGCCUCCAAGCGGAGUCUUCAUUGGCUAAGGUGGGAUAAACUUUGUCAGCCCAAAUUUGAUGGGGGUCUUGGUUUUCGUGAUUUUAAGUCCUUCAACUUGGCCCUAGUAGCUAAGAACUGGUGGCGAAUCCAAAGUAACCCAAAUUCUCUCAUGGGAAGGGUUUUCAAAAGCGUCUAUUUCCCAAGUGGAACCUUGUCUGGUGCUAGGAAAGGUUACCGUCCAAGCUACGCUUGGUCUAGUAUUCUUAAGACAAGUGAUUUUAUUUCCAAGGGUAGCGCAUGGCGUAUUGGCAAUGGCACCACGGUUCGAAUUUGGCAUGAUAAUUGGUUACCAAAUGGUUCCCCUAUUAACUACCGGGAAGAUGUGGUUCAAGAGCUUGGCCUUGAGAGGGUUGUGGACCUUCUCUUGCCGGAUGGACGAGGUUGGAACAAAGAGCUUAUUGAAUGGACAUUUUGUCCAGCUACAGCACUGCGUAUUUUAGCUGUACCUUUACCUUUCCAACCUCAGGACGAUCAUAUGUAUUGGGCUGGUUCGGGAGAUGGGAAAUAUUGUGUGAAAUCUGGUUAUGAGUUCCUGCGAGGCAAGGUAUCUCAACAGCUCUCCGAGGCAUCCUCCACUAUUCGGUUUAGCGCUGAGUUUAGGAAGGAGCUUUGGAAGAGUUCGUGCUUGCCAAGGUGCAAGGAGCUGGUUUGGAGGGCCUGCAAUGGGGCUUUGCCGGUCCGUGGCGCGCUGCGGAAGCGGGGUUUAGAUGUUGAUCCAUCGUGUAUGCGGUGUGGGGAAGAGGAUGAAUCUAUUGAGCAUGUUUUCCUUCGUUGCCCAGUGGCCAGAGCUUGCUGGUUUGCAUCUGAUUUGGGACUGAGAAUUAAUGGUGCUCUUCCCUUCCAUGAAUUCAUAGCUGAGGUGCUUCUGUUACAUGAUGAUCAUGUCACUUCUUUCUCACAAGAACUGAUUUAUUCCCUGUGGAAAUCAAGGAACAAGCUGCUAUUCGAGGGCACGACGGACGCUUGGGACUCAAUCUUGGAUCGUGCUCGUGCUCUUCGUGCGCCUCCAGCCACGGGAACAGCUCCAGCAGCCAUGCGUUCUCGCCGGACAGCUUCAUGGGUACGACCUGCACCUGGGCUCAUCAAGGUGAACACAGAUGCAGCGCUUGGAAGGGACAAACUUGCAAGUUUUGGUAUGGUCGCGAGGAACAAAGAUGGCCUCAUCAUGGCCGCAGCUUCUUUUUAUCCAGUCGUGGCACUGUCAGCUACAAUUGCAGAGGCUUUGUCAUUGAGAUGGGCGAUGACUUUGGCAACACGACUUGGCUUUAGGCGCGUCCAGUUCGAGGUGGAUUCCUUGCAACUUCACCAAGCAUGGCGACGACGUGAGGGUGAUUCUUAUUUGGCUAUGAUUAUUCAGGAUUGUUUUAAACUGUGUGGUUUCUUUGAUCAUGUUGAUCUUUCUUUUACUCGUAGGGAGGGUAAUGUUUGUGCCCAUUUCAUGGCCAAGCAUGCAUAUUCUCUUGAUGAUGUUGUUUGGGUAGAAGAGGGGCCUCCGGGUCUUCUUCCUCUACUUCACGAUGACUUAUUGGCUUCUAUGCCCACUUUUUAA